AUGGCUCCCGAUCUCGAAUCCAACCCAUCUCUACCCAAAGAGGCAAAUACACAACUACCAACACCAAUGCAGCACAAUGACACUCCUAAAUCACAACAACCAUCAAUCAAUGAAAAACCCACUCUAACAAAAGGCUAUGACCUCCCCUUCUGGCACAAAUCCAUCAUCCUCUUCAUCGUCUCAUGGAUGACCCUCGCGGUGACCUUCAACAGCACCUCGCUGCUCCCCGCCACCCCCGAAAUCGCAACCCGCUUCAACACCACCGAGGAAAUCCUCAAUGUCAUCAACGCCGGUGUACUCUUGGCCAUGGGCUUCUCCUCGCUCAUUUGGGGUCCCAUGAGUCGGUUAGUCGGCCGUCGCAUCUCGUAUAACAUCGCUGUUUUGGUGCUGUGCGGCUGCUCGGCGGGUACGGCCGCCGCCAUCAAUUUACAGAUGUUUACGGCAUUCCGUGUUUUGGGCGGCUUGACGGGCACGUCGUUUAUGGUGAUGGGGCAGACCAUUUUGGCGGAUAUUUAUGAGCCUGUUGUUAGAGGAACGGCCGUGGGAUUCUUCAUGGUAGGGACUGUUGCGGGCCCGGCUAUUGGUCCCUGCUUCGGCGGCAUCAUCGUCACCUUCGCCAGUUGGCGCAUCAUCUUCUGGGUGCAAGUCGCCAUGACAGGUUUCGGCCUGAUCCUAUCCUUGAUCUUCGUGCCGGAGAUACCCUCAGCAGAUGCAAAGACCAUCACCACCACCACUACUACUACAACUACCACUCCAACCACGAAAGAGACUAUGCUCCGCAUCCUCCGCGCUUUCAACCCCGUCCACAUCAUCCGUCUCUUCGUCUACCCUAAUAUCUUCCUUGCCGAUCUAACCUGCGGCUUCCUCUCCACCUUCCAAUACGCCAUCCUCACCUCCGCCCGCUCCAUCUUCAACCCGCGCUUCCACCUCACCACCGCCCUCGUCUCGGGGCUCUUCUACCUCGCUCCCGGCGCGGGAUUCCUCGUGGGUAGUGUUCUCGGCGGACGGCUCUCUGACCGUACCGUGCGGAAGUACAUCAUUAAACGUGAUGGCGUUCGUCUUCCCCAAGAUAGACUUAACUCUGGUCUCGGGACCUUAUUCUUCGUCCUCCCUGCCGCGGCACUCGUCUAUGGCUGGACUCUCCAGGAAGAGAAAGGCGGCAUGGUGGUCCCUAUCAUUGCGGCGUUCUUUGGUGGCGUCGGGCUUAUGGGCACGUUUAAUGGGUUGAAUACGUAUGCUGCUGAAGCACUCCCCCAUCGACGAUCCGAAGCAAUCAGUGGGAAAUACAUCAUCCAGUAUUUGUUUUCCGCGGGGAGUAGUGCUGCUGUGGAGCCGUUGAUUGGGGCUAUUGGGGUGGGGUGGACGUUUACUAUUUGUGUGUUUUUGUCGCUUAUUGGAGGCGUUUUGGUGGUGAUUAUCACCCGCAAGGGGUUGGAUAUGCAGCGGUGGGUGGAGAGGAGGUGGGGGGAGGCUUAA